UUGCUUAACAUGAAUUAAGUUAAGCCCCGUGCACAUCUCCGUUAUAAUGGUAGGGCCCCAUACCCCAUUACUUUCUCUCUAAUAUUCGCAGUUAUGAGCAUGCUCAGGCUUCAGAAGCGAUUGGCGUCCAGCGUCUUGCGCUGUGGCAAGAAGAAGGUAUGGCUGGACCCCAAUGAAACCAAUGAGAUUGCCAACGCCAACUCCCGCCAGCAGAUUCGCAAACUGGUGAAGGAUGGUCUGAUCAUCAGGAAGCCUGUGACGGUGCAUUCCCGUGCCCGCUGCCGCAAGAACACGCUGGCACGCCGCAAGGGACGCCACACGGGCAUAGGUAAGAGGAAGGGUACAGCCAACGCCCGUAUGCCAGAGAAGCUCUCGUGGAUGCGACGCAUGAGGAUCCUGCGGCGCCUACUGCGGCGUUACAGGGAGUCCAAGAAAAUCGACAGGCACAUGUACCACAGCCUCUACUUGAAAGUGAAGGGUAAUGUCUUCAAGAACAAGCGCAUCCUAAUGGAACACAUUCACAAGCUGAAGGCAGACAAGGCUCGCAAGAAGCUCCUGUCUGACCAGGCCGAGGCUCGUCGCUCGAAGACCAAGGAGGCCCGCAAGCGCAGAGAGGAGCGCAUAGCGGCCAAGAAGGAAGAGCUCAUCAAGACCUUGUCAAAGGAGGAGGAGACAACCAAAAAAUGAGUCGCCCCUCCACCCCCGUUCCUCCUUUUCAAUGUUAAUAAAAAUAAUUGACCCAAAA